GCGAGCCAAAGCCCUCAUCGAUGACAUCGUGUCCAGGGGUCAUGAGGGGCCAAGCAACGGGCAGUCGGGUUCUAUGCAAGAAAUUAUCAUCCCUGCUGGAAAGGCUGGUCUUAUUAUUGGCAAGGGAGGAGAAACAAUCAAACAGCUGCAGGAGCGGGCUGGGGUUAAAAUGAUUCUUAUUCAAGACCCGUCACAGCCGUCCAACAUAGACAAACCCUUACGCAUCAUCGGGGACCCCUACAAAGUGCAGCAAGCAAAGGACAUGGUUAAUGAGAUCCUUCGAGAAAGGGAUCACGCCGGCUUUGGAGACAGGAACGAGUACGGCUCGAGGAUGGGAGGAGGAGGAGGAGGAGGCGGUGGUGGCAUUGAGAUAGCUGUGCCCCGGCAGUCUGUGGGGGUUGUGAUUGGUCGCAGUGGGGAGAUGAUAAAGAAGAUCCAGAGUGAUGCUGGAGUGAAGAUCCAGUUUAAACCAGAUGAUGGCACAACUCCUGAAAAGAUUGCCCAUAUUAUGGGACCCCCAGACCAGUGUCAGCAUGCUGCUUCAAUUAUCACUGACCUGCUGCAGAGCAUUCGUGCCCGAGAGGAAGGUGGACAAGGAGGACCCCCGGGUGCAGGGAUGCCGCCUGGAGGUCGAGGUCGGGGUGGAGGCCAGGGCAGCUGGGGCCCUCCAGGAGGAGAGAUGUCCUUCACCAUUCCUGCCCACAAAUGUGGGCUGGUCAUCGGCAGAGGGGGAGAGAACGUCAAGGCUAUCAACCAACAAACCGGGGCGUUUGUUGAGAUAUCUCGUCAGCCGCCGCCCAACGGUGACCCAAACUUCAAGCUGUUCAUCAUCAGGGGGUCCCCACAGCAAAUUGAUCAUGCAAAGCAGCUCAUAGAAGAGAAGAUUGAGGGUCCUUUGUGUCCAGUGGGUGGUGGUCCUGGUCCAGGAGGUCCUGGUGGUCCGAUGGGUCCCUAUAAUCCUAAUCCUUACAAUGCUGGGCCGCCUGGUGGAGGUCCACAUGGAGCUCCACCUGGUGGUCCCCAGUAUGGUCCCCAGGGUUGGGGAAAUGCUUACCAACAGUGGCAAGGUCCAAAUCCCCAUGACCCCAGUAAGGCUGCAGCAGACCCAAACGCAGCCUGGGCGGCAUACUACUCUCAGUACUAUGGCCAACAGCCAGGCCCCGCCAUGGCAGGUCAGACUCCUGGUGCCCCGGCUGCAGCAGCACCAGGGGACCAGGGCCAAGCUGCACAGCAGUGUGGGGGUCAGCCUGACUACUCAAAGGCCUGGGAGGAAUACUAUAAGAAGAUGGGCAUGACUCAGCCAGCAGCAGGGCAGGCAGCUGCUCCUGGGACAGCAGCAGCAGCAGCGACCUCAGCAGCUGCUGCAGGUGGAGCUGCAGCUGGCGGUCAGCAGGACUACAGUGCAGCUUGGGCUGAGUAUUACAGACAGCAGGCUGCUUAUUAUGGACAGGCAGGUCAGGCUCCUGGGCAAGCAGCUGCUCCACAGCCGGGACAACAGCCCCAGUAAACACACGGUUUGAUCUGUUGGACGGAUGUAAUGGAUCUCAGGAUGUGUUUGGGUUUUUUUUGUUUGUUUGUUUGCUUGUUUAUUUUUCGUUUGUUUAGUUGUUUUUCUUGGCUUCAAAAGGCAAGACUAUUAUUUACUCAUCCACCAAGACAUUUUAUUUUAAAACGUCAGUUAUUUUAAAUCACAUUUAAAGGGAAAAUGAAGGGGAACACAGUGUGCUCGUGCAUUCAACAAAGAACUAAAUACUUCCCCUUGUAAAUGUUCCGUUUCCCAUUUACCUCAUCCAUUCACACCGUGUAAUUCAUCAAAUUUUUAUUGUUUUAAAGUUUUUGUUUUGUACUUUCUAAAUAAAAUGUGAAACGAGCAAAUUUGCUUGCAAGCUACAAGAACAGCAUCUUAAUUCUGACUUACAUUUAGUAUUUCGUUAUAGUUUUUAGAGAGGGCAAAAAUAAGUAUCUUGCAGUAUUUUGAAUUUAUUCAAAAGCUAUGGUUGUAUGAAAGAUGAUUGCAAAAAUGUUUUCUUGGUACUUUUUUUUUCUCCCACUAACUGCAGGUGCACUUAUCCCUGCUGUGACAGUUUCUCAAUUUUUUAUUUUGUAAUUAUUUUUCUUAAGGGAGGUCUUGUGUGUUUGUAUUCAGUAUAUGCUACUAAGCAGAAAAAUAUGUGCAAGGUGGCUGUAAUAAAGCACUAAUUAUUGUCCUACUGUAAGUAGGUUGGUUGUGCGGAUUUUUGCAUCUGUGUGAUUGACUGCCCCCUUUUUUCUUUCUUUCGUUA